CCUUUCAGGGUGACUGCCAACUGGACAUUGAUAGCGGCAAUCCUGUACUAUCUCCAGACGAUUACUACAACAAAGUGGACUUGGACAUCACCAACAAAGAAUGGGCAAAAAACCUCAGCUUCAUAGAAUGUAACCUUGUAAGUAUCUCACCACAAUUUUUGCAGUGGUUACCAUAUGGUAUAUAGUGGUAAAAUUAGUUUGCAAUGGUUCUUAACUUACUGUUCAUCACUUAUAUGGCAACUGCUUACCAUAUGGUAUACUGUGGUAAAAUUAUUUUGCAGUGGUUCUUCCCUUACUGUAAUAACAAGCACUACAUCAUGAUUUGUGUCAACAUCAAAGCAGAGAGAUUUGAAGUACUCGACAGUCUCCGUCACAAAGAUUUUAAUGAACACUACAAACCAAUGGCAGAGAGGGUUGUCCAGUACGCAAUCAACUACAUGAAGACACAGUUUGCAGACAAGACAGUAAGGUGGGAGAGGUUUACCUGGUUCAACCUCGAGAAGGUUACACAACCAGAUCAAAUUUCAUGUGGGAUGUACAUCAUCAGGUGGAUGAGACACUGGGAAGGUAAGUACAACAGUGCCCUGACCAAAGAUUGGAAGAGGAUUGAUCUCAUAAAUGAAGAAAGGGAGUGCCUGAUGUUGGACAUCAUUCUUGAUGAAGAAAAUCUUGAACGGGAAAGAAUCAUGAAAGAAGCAACAAAGUACUGCAACAUGAAGAACAAGAAAAAAGAGUUGAAAGGAAGGAGAUGAAAAUUCUAUUAUCGUUUGUGUUAAGUAGUAGGAGGGUAUAAGUAAGCUUUUGAGAACAAACUCACAAUGUUCAG